AUGAUAUCAAAGAUUGAUACAACAACACCAGAAUCAGAUUUAUGCGUAUUAUCUGAUGAUGAAAUUAAUGCUGAUUAUAAAUCAACAUUGCGUAUAAUAAGUAUCUUUGUUAUUUUAUUCACAUCAUUUCUUGGGGCCUCAUUGUCAGUUGCUACACUACGGGUUAAAUUUCUUCAUCUAAAUCCGAUUAUAAUCAAUGUGGGAAAAUUUUUUGGAUCGGGUGUUGUGUUAGCAACAGGCUUUAUUCACAUGUUACCGACGGCUAUGGAAGCGUUAACUGAUUCUUGUCUACCUAAUUCGUGGAAAGUUUACGGUGCUUAUGCUGGACUUUUUUCAAUGAUAGCUGUAUUAACAAUGCAAUUAAUUGAAUUUAUUGCCCAUCAACGAUAUCGAAAUAUUGGCAAAGUAGAUGUAUCAACGAAUCCGGAACCACCAGUAGUAAUCGAACAAUGUUGUAAUCAUGAUGAUCAUCAGACAGAUCAACAAGACCACAAAGUCCAAUUUCAAGAGCAACAAAAAUCCACAAUAGUAAAAGUAGAGGCUGAAAAGAUAGAAUUCGACAAUGAACAUGAGGGUUGUUUCCAUGGAGCUGCAUUACAAGAAUCACAACAACAUAAAAUAAGUACAUAUUUAUUAGAAAUCGGCAUAGCAACCCAUAGUAUUCUAAUUGGAAUUGCAUUAGGAACAACAAAUGGUUCAGAAUUUGUAGCACUAUUUAUUGCAAUUAUAUUUCAUCAAUUUUUUGAAGGCAUUGCUUUAGGUGCACAAAUAGCCAGACUAAAUCAAACAUCAUUAUUACCAGCGAUAUGUAUGGUCAUUUUUUUUGCAAUAACAACACCUAUUGGCAUAGCUAUUGGAAUAGGUAUUCAUGCAAGCACUUAUAGUCCAAAAUCUACUGCUGCAUUACUAGUCAACGGAAUAUUUGAUUCAAUUUCAGCUGGAAUUCUUAUUUAUAUCGCAUUAGUUAAUUUAAUCGCCGCGGAAUUUUCUAAUAGUCGAACAUUUUACGUACUUAGAACAAGAUUAAAAAUAUUAUAUUAUGUCUCAUUAUAUAUGGGAGUGGCACUAAUGAGUAUUGUAGCGUUAUGGGCAUAA